AUGGUGAAGCGGAAGAUGAGCACAGAGACAGCCUACAAGGUCCUGGUGAUCGGGCUGAUUGUGACCACGCUGUUAGCGUUUCUUCUGGCUGAUCUUCACCCCGAUGAUUUCUUGUCUGAGGUGACGACAAUGAGAUGGUCUGAGUGCAAGGAGUUUGCAUGGAUGCAGCAGUGCUUGGAGAACCACCCGCUCACUGGCCCAUCGGUGCUGGAUCAGAACGCGUUCUCAGCCACCAAAGGCUUCGUCAUCGCCUUCAACAGGAAGGGGAUCGACCGGUUCAAGAAGGACGUGCGCUUCGAGUGCCUGCAUGUCGUGACUCCUUACUUCGACAGAGCACUCUACGCUGGAGCCAACGCCUUCGUCAUGAACCUGCUAGUCUGCCAUACCCCGACGAAUGAGAGCGAUGUUGUCGUCAAUUUGCAUAUCGACAACACCAUUCAGUCAUGGUGGGUCGGAGAGAUCUUUGCCCAUCAGGUGAAUGUGCUCUACAUCUCGGUCUUCAAGUACAGCAAGACGGUGCCUGAAAUCGCCAAUCCUCCUCCUCCGGACGAGGAAGUCUUCCCGCAGGAGAACACCAUGGUCGCCUUCCGAGGCGACGCCUACCACCGGGUGAUGGGCUACCGGACGCAGAUCCAGAAGAAGCGCAUCUCGCUCGUGCUCGAGCAGUAUCAAGUGCCUUCAUGGGUGGAGUCACUGACCAAGACCUUCAAGUUCUUUCAACGGGAUAACAUGCCGAUGGUGUGA